AUGGCCGACCGAUACAUCCCAGAACAUCGCCGCACCCAGUUCAAGGCUAAAAACAGUUUCAAGCCGGAUGAGCUGCGUCGCCGCCGAGAGGAACAACAGGUAGAAAUCCGUCGGCAGAAGAGAGAGGAGAAUUUGGCCAAACGCCGCGGCGUCCAACGUGGAAAUGGCGAGAUUGGCAUCGGCGGCCUCACCGACGCAGAUAGCGACGAUGAAGCCGGCAACAUCGAGAGCGAGCUCAGCACAGAAUUGCCCGAAAUGGUCAAGGGGGUCUUUUCGGACCAGAUCGAUGCCCAGAUCCAAGCCACCACCAAAUUCCGAAAACUACUCUCCAAAGAGCGCAAUCCUCCCAUCGAAAAAGUCAUCGAGACCGGCGUCGUUAGUCGCUUUGUCGAGUUCCUGCGUUCUCCCCACACUCUGGUGCAAUUUGAGGCAGCCUGGGCCUUGACCAACAUCGCCUCCGGCUCGGCCGCCCAGACACAGGUGGUCAUCGAGGCGGGUGCAGUGCCCAUCUUCGUUGAAUUGUUGAGCAGCCAUGAGCCGGAUGUUCGUGAACAGGCCGUUUGGGCUCUGGGCAACAUUGCUGGUGAUAGUCCCGCCUGCCGUGACUACGUCCUGAGCCAGGGGGCCUUGAAGCCUCUCCUUAAUUUGAUUGCUGAUGGCCGCAAGCUGAGCAUGCUUCGGAACGCCACUUGGACUUUGAGUAACUUCUGUCGUGGCAAGACUCCGCAGCCAGAUUGGAACACGAUUUCUCCAGCUCUCCCGGUCCUGGCCAAACUCGUCUACAUGCUCGAUGACGAAGUUCUCAUCGACGCAUGCUGGGCCAUUUCGUACCUAUCCGACGGCUCGAACGAUAAGAUCCAGGCCGUGAUCGAGGCCGGCAUCCCCCGACGUCUUGUCGAACUCCUCAUGCAUGCUUCCACGUCCGUUCAAACUCCGGCAUUGCGUUCGGUUGGCAACAUCGUCACUGGUGAUGACGUUCAGACACAAGUGAUUAUCAAUUGCGGUGCAUUGCCAGCUCUGUUGUCUCUGCUUAGUUCGCAGAAAGACGGCAUCCGCAAGGAGGCAUGCUGGACCAUCUCCAACAUAACCGCUGGUAACAGUACCCAGAUUCAAGCCGUCAUCGACGCCGGCAUCAUUCCUCCUUUGAUCCAUCUGCUCUCCAAUGGCGAUUUCAAGACCCGCAAAGAAGCUUGCUGGGCGAUUUCCAAUGCUACCUCUGGAGGUCUCCAAAAGCCGGACCAGAUUAGAUAUCUCGUGUCGCAGGGUUGCAUCAAGCCACUCUGUGAUCUGCUUGCCUGCCCGGACAAUAAGAUUAUUCAAGUGGCUCUGGACGGCUUGGAGAACAUCCUUAAGGUGGGAGAAAUGGACAAGGAGGCUGCCGAUGCACGCGCUCCGGAGGCGCAGGUCAACCGAUAUGCCCUGUUCAUCGAAGAGGCUGGCGGCAUGGAAAAGAUUCAUGAUUGCCAGAACAACGCCAACGAGGAAAUCUAUAUGAAGGCAUACAACAUUAUUGAGCGGUAUUUCUCGGAUGAAGAGGACGCAGGCGCCGAUAUCGAGGAGUUGGCGCCACAGGCCAAUGCCUCGGGCUUCACGCUGGGAUCGAACCAACCUCAGGGCCAGUUCAACUUUGCUAACGGCAAUGAUUCGAUGGACAUGUAA